CGAUAAAUAAGUAGAUCUACGUAAGAUCUAGAUUCCGAGCGAGGCGAACGAAAGAUGUCUAUUUCAAAAGUUGUCUAUUUUUGUAAGGGUUCGUGGUCGCAAAUACCAUGCCCUUAUCCCCAAAGAACUAUUUCUGUUCUUGUGUGUAGCAUUUGGCCACGUUUGUGUCAUUCUCGAUUAACAUCUCUAAGAAAAUCGCGUCAUUUCAUUUUCAAAGCCUACCUGGGCUUCAAAUAACCCCAUAAUUUAGGCCGUGGGAACGCUUCCUCGAAAUAAAUAGCAAUUAAAUUUAUCUAAUAGUUGGAAAUCGAAUGGCACAAGACAAGGCAAAGGGCAAACAGGCAACAGCCAAUGCAACGCAAACUCGACUAGAGCCUUUCCUGGGAGCUGCGGGUGCUGCCGCAGGAUCGCAACAGAAACGGAAAACAUCAGAAAAAUCAGGGCGAAAAGUCAAAGUAAGCAAGAGUAAGGGAAUCAAAACAUCCAAGAAUCUGUGCAACCUGUGUAAUAGGAGAACACAAUCCAACAUGGUUUUGUGUUCAUCGUGCCAGCAAUGGCAGCAUAGAGGCUGCGCGAAAAUAAGUCUCUCUGACUACACAUCCAACUGGCGCUGCGUCUUUUGUAACAACUGAUUCUUAUACACUGUCUUCUUGAGUUACAGA